CUCGCACGCGCGUGUGCGUCAGGGGAGGGAGGGUGCCCCGCCCAGGGAACAGCGCGGCAGUUAGAUGUUCCGACGAAGACGAAGUUCAACUGUGAUCAGUUCGGAGCGGAAAACGGGGAAUGGAUUUAUCUGACCGGGUUGCCACCGCCGCCGCCGGCCUUACCAUCGGCUGAAGACGGGCGUCUGAACCCAGGUGAAACCAUUGCCCCCCCUCCCCCCUCCCCACUGCUUGUUGUCCCACGAGGCUGGAGGUGAGCAUGGGCUAAAAGAGCUGACACACCGAGGCGACUCGAGUUGAGGAGGUCUACUCACCUGUGCAGGUGGUGUCCAGUGUCCCUGUCAUGGCGGGUGUGCGGAAGAAGCUGAAGCUGAUAGUAUCAGUGACCAUGGUCAACCUCUUCAUCUUCAUUCUCAUCUCCCGAAACAGCAGCCAAGUCAAGAAUAGUCAAAACAAGAUUCACAUUCCCUCCAAACCCUUUUGGGCCAAACUGAGCACCAGCCCCGCCUUCUGGAACCGCCAGCAGCAGAUUUUGGACUUCCAGAACAAUCCUGUCAUCUGGGCCAACUCCAGCGGCACAGACCUGCCCGACUGGCUCAAUGAGACCAGUUUGACCUCUGACCUCUGCCGGCCUAACUUCAGGGUCACUACUCAGGUGAAGGACUACAACACUCUUCCAAACCGCUUCAAGGACUUCCUUCUUUACAUGCGCUGCCGGUCAUAUCCGAUUAUGAUGGACCAGCCGGACAUUUGUAAGGAGCCCCCAUUCCUCCUGCUCGCCAUUAAGUCCCUGUCACCGCACUUUGACCGGCGCCAAGCAAUCCGCCAGUCCUGGGGGCGGGCAGGCGUCAUAGCCAAUAGGACCGUGGUCACCGUUUUUCUUCUCGGCAAUGCCACGAGUGAAGACCACCACCCCGAUCUGUCGGAGAUGCUGCUCUACGAGAGCGCUAAACAUAAAGACAUUGUCCAGUGGGAUUUUCGAGACUCGUUCUUUAACCUGACCGUCAAAGAGGUGCUCUUCCUGGAAUGGAUUCAGGCUCGGUGCUCUGGUGCUCGCUUCAUCUUUAAGGGGGACGACGAUGUCUUUGUGAACACCUACCGGAUCAUGGAAUUCCUGAAUAGCGUUUCUGAGCCCAAAGCCAGAGAUCUGUUUGUGGGCGACGUCAUCACCAACGCAGGGCCUCACAGAGACAAGAAAGUCAAGUACUUCAUCCCACAGAGCAUGUAUGUGGGCUCCUAUCCUCCGUAUGCAGGGGGCGGGGGAUACCUGUACUCGGGGGACAUUGCUGCUCGUCUUCAGAACGUGUCCAGCCAUGUGGCGCUCUACCCCAUCGACGACGUCUACACCGGGAUGUGCCUGCGCAAGCUGGGGCUGGCCCCUGAGAAGCACAAAGGCUUCAGGACCUUUAACAUUGACGAGAAGUAUCGCUCCAACCCCUGUGCCUACAAGAGUCUGAUGCUCGUCCAUCCCAGGACGCCACAGGAGAUGAUCAAGAUCUGGUCCUGGCUUAGUAGACCUGACUUGACAUGCCAGUGAUGGAAUCGGGCCAACAGCUCGUGAAGUUGUUUGCAGAAGCCAAAGUCACAGAAGCUGGAGGCUGAGCAGGACCUCUGGCAGCUUUAUGUUUGACACUUUUCAGACCUACAGGAUAAGCGGGCACCAUUGUGGCUCCAAGUCUUUAGAUGUUUGGCUUUUGUAUUUUUAUUGACAAGCUAAUCCUGCUUUCCUGCUGAGUCAGCGUCUCACACUGAGUACAAAUAUUUAUAUCACAACUAUUUAUGUAGCCUUAAAGUGCUUUAAGUCCUCUCUAUGCUGUAUUAAAGAGCUGAGGAGGGCUGAGGCGUUCACAUGUGGGGGAUAGUCAGGACUUUUACACGGGGGGAGGGGGGUUAAAUUCAGCCCAAAUUCCUCCAAGUUUGUCCUCCGUUAAGGUUGUCUCUGAAUUUCAAAACAAGAUUCCCGGAAAGUCGCUGAUUCCUUAGAAGUCUUCUUCCCUGCAGGUCUGCAGAGCUUCACACGAAGUGCAUUUUCAAGCCUGGAGGUGUCCUGCUUCUGAACACAGCUGCUAAAGAAACAGGGGGGGUACUCUGCUCUUUAGGCCUCCGCGGCCCUCAUCCAGUGUUUGUUUUCAAGUGAAUCAUUCAUGAAGUGUUAAGGUUGAUAAUCAGCACACAGCUGCUCAACACAGAUACCACGCCCCCCCCAACACUCGCACGAGUCUCCAAAGCUCUGUCCGUCCUUUCAAUCUACUUUCGGUAUUUCUGUCUAAAGUCAACAUGUCUCUAGAGCACCCCCUGCUGGUUGGGGGGAAUUGAUCCUAUAAGACAUCGUUGCAUUGUUUUAACCAUAGCCUCAUUUAUGCUCCUUUACAGCCUUAAAAAUGGGGAUCAGUUUUCCACAGGUAAUGCUCAGGGGGGAGGCGGGGAAACUCAAAUUUUGCUACACCUCUUCACCUCGCUUUGGUCUCCGCCUUUUCUACUGAACUGAAAACAUUCAUUUCAUGCCACACUGUGAGUCGCUCAAAUGUUUACAUGCUGUUUUUAUUCUCAACCUUUUUCUCAUUCAGGAUCUGUUAGGUUUGUUGUUGUUGUUGUUCCUGGCUUCUCUCCAUUCUGUCACUUCUCCUCGUAACGGACUUCCUAGCUUUAAAAUUCCAUUUCUCAGCUGCUGUCAUCGCUGAGUUUGAUUUUAAAAACAGUCUAACUGAAGAAACCAAAGAAGUUUCUUCUGAAUGUAAGAAAUUAUCUUGACUGUACGGUUCUAAGCAGAGGAAGAACCAGAGGAAACACAAUGCUUUGUUUGGUUUGUACUGUACGUGUAAGAAUGUGUUCAUCUUUUAAAGAGUUAUUUCAAUAAAGGUGAUAUUUGUGCUUUUGUA